AUGAACGGCCCUGAUGGUCUUUGCGUGCAGUCUUCCCGGUCACCGGCAGGUAAGCAGUCAUCCACCCAGUUGUCGCCUGGGCAGGAGACUCAACAGACACUCUCAUACAUUGAUGGAUGGAAACCUGAAUUCCUUAAGCAAGCAUCAUUAGAUGCAUCUGAACGAGCAACACCGCUAGCUGUCUCCAUGAUUCCUUCUCUCGUUUAUAUUCUUGGUAGGAUAGCGAAAGCGCAAGUUGAAGCAUAUGGGGCGCAUAUAAGCACGGAUGAUACACCCGACUUGGAACAUGUUCAAAAGAACGCAUCCCGUGCCCGACAGGAUUAA